AUGAAAGAAGAGAAGAAAGGAAUGAAUCUACCGCUACUCAUUCAUGUCUUUAUUUUUGUUUUCCUCCUUAUAGAUAAGGAAUGUAAAGACGAGAGUGGUUUAUGUGAGCGAGCAAAUUGUGUAACGAAGAAAUGGUUUCAAAACAGAAUAGGUCAAAGCCGGAACAAGCAAAACUGGUGUACAUUUUGGAAUCCGGACGUCCAGGGGAGACUGAAUGAACUGUCUAAGGCUAUGACCAAUGCAGAUACAGGAGAGGAGGGUAUAUGCAAGAACAUUAUGCAAGGGGGAAAGGAGGGUACACAGCAUGCAGAAGCAAACAGAAAGGCCUGUGAAUACAUUGUGAAGGGAUUAAAACAUAUUUACGAAAUCCAACCACAUGGGGAUUGGCAGGGGGAAAAAGAUGCUGCGAAAAAAAACAAGGACAACCAAAUAUUUGAUCAAACCAUGGGCUGCCUUUUCCUAAACGCCUAUGCAGAUAAAUUGAUCACCGCAGGAACUUCCUGUGGAAUCACUGAAAAUAUUAUAGGGGAAGCAUUUAAUAAAGGAAAUGCGAAAAAAGUAACCUGGUGCAAAAGUAAGCGUGAUAGUGAUUGUGUUGAUUGUACCAGGCAGAUAGGUCUAACUUGCACAUUAAACGUGAGUGAAGACCUGUUGGAUACAGAAAAAAGCGAAAAAUGCAAGGAAGACAAAGACAAUAUAGAAAGGAAAGUAGAAAAAAUGCUUACUAGCGAUACCAAAAUACAAAGAACUCUGAACAGCAUGUGCAGAGAUUGCAGCAGCAAGAAUAAAUUAUGUGAUCGUUUGGAGUGCAUAGCACAUAAUUGGUUCGAGGACAGAAUAGGUGCCACCGAAGGAAAACGGGACUGGUGUACAUUUUGGAAUCCAGAUGCCAUAAAUAGACUGAAGGAAAUAUCUGAAAAAAUGAUGACAGUGAGCGAAGACAUUAGUUCACUGUGCGAGAAUACUGUUGGGAAGAACGUUAGACUGAAUGCAGCAGGGAAGAAAGCAUGUCAAUACAUUUUUGCAGGGUUAAAGGGCAUUUAUGGCAUGGAGGAAAAUAAGACAAAGGAGAACAAGAAAGAAGCAAGGAAUAAUAGAUUAACAGAACAAACCAUGUACUGCCUAUUCCUGAAUGAAUAUUCAGAUAUGCUUAUAAAGAAAACAGCGGGGCAUGCGUGCCCCGUCACAGAAGAAGACAUAAAAAAAAUGUUUGAAGAAGGAAAUAAGCAGAUUGAUAAAUGGUGUCAGGAGGGGGAGGGUAAUUGCGUUGAGUGCAAAAGGGAAAAGGACUAUAAAAAUUGCAAGUUAGACGUGGAUACUUCCCUCCGGAAUGAAAAUGAAAAAUGCUAUAAGAACAAAGAUAAUAUAGAAAAAGAAGUGGAGAAAAUGUUCACGGAGGGGGAAAAAGACAAAACAAAUAGACCGCAAAUAGAGAAAGCUCUGACUGCUAUAAAUACUAUAAAUAAGGAUAUCCCCUUAUGUAAUCGUGUAAAGUGUAUAUACUAUAGAUGGGGUGAAAACAGGAAAGUUAACGGAGGGUACCAAUUUUGGGAUAUGUUUUGGGAGCCCGACGUCAAGAACAGGCUGAAGGAAAUAUCUGAAAAAAUAGCGGCGGCGAAAGACGCAACCAUCGAUCCUCUGUGUGAGAGCACUGGUGAGAAAAAUACCCCCCUCCGUGAAGAACAGAAGAAGGCCUGCACUUACAUUGUUAAAGGUUUAGAACACAUCUAUAAAAUUGAAAAGGGAAAUGUAACGCAACAAGAUUUAGUAAGAAAGAGCCAGGACGAAGCGCAAAGGGAGAAGGAGGAUAACCUGAUAUUCCAUCGAACUUUUUCUUGUAUCUUACUGAAUAUAUUCGCUGAUGAAUUGGAGCAAAAGAAUAAUUGUAUUACUGAACCAACUAUAAAGAAUGCAUUUGAUGCUGGAAAUAAAAAGAUGGGCGAAUGGUGUGUGGAUAAGGUUAAUGGUAAUUGUGUAAAGUGUUAUAGGAUUGCAGACUAUAAAACUUGCAAAAUAAAAGAUACAGACACGAAUACAAUAGAAUAUAGAAUGAAAGAGAUGCUCGACCCAACUAAGAACAGGGAUCCAAAAGUACAGGGCGCUCUGUCUGCAUUAAGCAACCUAUGUCAACCUUCUCAACAAGCUGCCAAACCAGCUGCCACUAAACCUGGAUCAGCAAAAGCGGCACCACCAGAUGGGAGGAGUGAAACUUCACAAGGUAAGAGUCUACAAGGUGUCGAUGAUCCUCUAGCUUUCCCUCCCGAGGAUGAUGGUGAUGAUGUUGAUCAUACAAAAAGUUAUCUAGACGAAGAAGAGGAUUAUUGGCAAGCUAAGAAUAAGGGUACUACCCAUAUUUCCAUUGCUACUAUCACUACUGUUAAUCCUGCAGAUCCUAAAAUUACGGACACUGUGAAAGGCCCGAAGGGGAAGAAUCCUAAUGGGCAGAAUGAUCCUGCCUCUGUCACCGUUUCAGGUGAUCCAGGUAAUAAUACGCAGAAGUAA